UGCCCCCAAAGGAGUGGAAUUGAGGGCUGAUCCUGGACCCACUCUCCGAGAAGGGGAGAAACUUUCUCUUGAGUGUCUGGUCAAAAGCAGUAACCCUGUUGUCUUUGAGUACCAAUGGUGGAAGGAUGAUGACAGGACAUACGAAGGGAUCAAUGGGAGCAGAAUGGAAAUUAACCCUGUAGGACGGCAACAUUCAGGUCGCUAUGGAUGUGGAGCAAUAAAUGCACUUGGCACUUCUGAGUCCCAAGAACUGACAAUACAUGUCCAGGAUGCUCCUAAAGGAGUGGAACUGAGGGCUGAUCCUGGAACCACUCUCCGAGAAGGGGAGAAACUUUCUCUUGAGUGUCUGGUCAACAGUAGCUAUCCAGUUGUUCUCAAGUGGUGGAGGAAUAAUCACUUGACAAAUGGAACGAUAAAGGGAUCCAGGAUGGAAAUUAAUCCGGUUGGACGGCAACAUUCCGGUCAUUAUAAAUGUACAGCAAGAAAUGCGGUUGGAACUACUGAGUCCAAAGAACUGAUCAUAGAUGUCCAGUAUCCACCAGACGAGCCCAAAAUCGCCUUCUCAAGCAGGACCGGAAAAGAAGACGUCGCUUUGCAUUGUUGGUCCACAGCCAAUCCCCCGAUCACGCAUUACGAAUGGUAUAAAUGCCCUGCCUUGGACAUCAUCAGCUCCCAAACAGAGCUGCACUUUCCAAUGAUCCAGCCCAACAAUUCUGGUGGUUAUUAUUGCAAAGCCUACAAUCCCAUCGGCCACUCAACGUCUUCUGUUGUCACUCUGAAUAUCCAUUAACAUCUCUUUCUGGUUGCCAUCAAACGGUCUGCAAUUAGCAAGCUUGCAGUCCACCCUUCAAGAGUAAAGCCAAGGGCCAAAGUCUUAAAGCAAAGGCUGAGUAUAUCUGAUGGGUGAAGAAAGAAGAGGCAAGAGAGGAAGAGCAAGAAGUGGGACUCUAACUCAGUUCCCACCCCAUUUUCAUUCUUCUGCUUUACCUUUCAUCCAGGUGCUCACUGUUCUGUUGAUCUAACAUACAGUAUUGUUCUUUUUGAUAAAUUAUAAUUGUUUGCUAAAAUGUUAUUAAAGAGCUGCUUAUUUUAAAAAC